AUGACUACUGUACCCGGAGCCCCGCUGCGCUCUACAGUGCCUGCGCCGAGGCAACAGCCUCAGGUGGCUAAGAAGAAUACGGUUCCGCCAGGUAUCUCGCUGGCUGCGGGUGCCGUUGCUGGCGCUGUGGAAGCGACCGCUACUUAUCCUUUCGAGUUCGCUAAAACACGAGCACAGUUGAGCCAAAGCCAUGCUGGCGGGACGUCCACUACGCUUUCCAGGAAUCCUCUGACUGUUAUAUUACACACGGCGCGACAGGAUGGGGUCCGAGCCAUUUACACUGGUUGCUCAACCUUGAUACUCGGCACAGCCUUCAAGGCUGGUGUUCGUUUCUUGUCGUUUGAUACAAUCAAGAACCUUUUGUCCGAUGCCGAUGGGACUCUGUCACCAGGCCGCGGAAUCCUGGCUGGCAUGGUCGCAGGCGUGGUCGAGAGCGUGGUCGCAGUGACCCCUACAGAACGAAUCAAGACUGCCCUAAUCGAUGACGCACGAUCAUCGACAGCACGUCGCUACAAGGGCGGAUUUCACGCCCUACGCACCAUCUUGGCCGAGUCUGGCUUCAAGGAGGUGUACCGUGGUCUAUUGUCUACUACAAUGAAGCAGGCCGCUACCUCUGCCGUACGCAUGGGCUCAUAUAAUAUCCUCAAGGAGCUGGUAUCCUCGCGCACCAACAUCAAGGAUACAAAAAACCCAGCACUCACGUUUGGUAUGGGAGCUACGGCCGGUGUCAUAACUGUAUACAUGACCCAGCCUUUCGACACUAUCAAGACGCGCGCCCAGGGAGCCAAAGGCGCAUCCACUAUGGAAGCGCUGCAGGGUGUGCUAAGAGACGGGGGCGUGAGAGCGCUUUGGCGCGGAAGCUCGAUGCGGCUAGGCAGGUUGGUCCUCAGCGGUGGUAUAGUGUUUACGGUCUAUGAAAAUGUUGCGGCAUUGUUGAUGAGCGCAAAGACCUGA